UUCCCAAGCAACUCUCAGAUCUUAAGCAACUACCCGAUUCGUGAACCUGGUUGUCUACAUGCUUGAGCCAAGACUUAGGUUCAUUCAUUAAUUCCAUUGCUAUCGAAAGAAUAAUACUUUGGGGUCGAGUCUUCAGUAACAAAAAACAAUAAAAAAAAAAAAACAAUUUGGUUUGAUUUAGCUUUUGGUUCAUAGUAAAAUUGAAGUUCUAGUUUCGCGACGAACUAUUAUAUAAAAACUUUAUGCCGUAUACUCUUUUCAGAUGGUAAAAGAGCAUAAGUAUUUAUUAAUACCCAAUCUAAAUCAAGAUCCUAUUUUAUUUAUAUUAACAUGUAAAAGUUCAACGUGGUUUGCACUUAAUACAAAAUGAAUCACUGAAGAAUAUCCUGAAAACUCAAGACUUUGAAAACAAUUAGAUCAAAUAAAUAGCACCCUGGCAGAAUUCGUCUUCUCAUACGUCUUACACGUUUAUUGAUUAAAUAAGGAAGAAAAAAAAUCGUUAUUUACAGCCCCAGCACUAAAUAAACUAAACAUUCGAUUCGUGUUACGAUUGGAGGAGUCUGGGAUGGUGCCCAGUGACACAAGGGAAUUGUUUAUGAUUAAAUGUAGAGUUUGAAUAUGUGUAUACAAAAAUCAGUGCAAUAUUUGCCCGUACAUAUUACGUUUGCUCGUACUCCUAGUCGUAGACGAGUAGCCGAAUAUUGAUUUCCCUGCUAUAAAAGCAAAACUCGAGUGGAUAUGCCACAGUUAGAAGCAUUUUUGCAUUGAUUGUGCGGACUGAAUCAUUAUGAAACAUAUCUGUGAGAUAUACUUUAUUAUCUUCGGGCUGGUCUGCAGUGCCAAUGCCUUGGUACAUAUGGUGCAUUUGGGCAAGGGCGUCAACGGAUGCAUUACUGCGAAAGGCGAGGUUAAAGUUGGUGAAGAGGUCCCAGAUGAGAAAACAUGCGGAAUAUUUGUGUGCCUAGAUAAAGAUGGCAAUGGCGUCUAUCAAUUGUCCCCUCAUAGUUGUCAGAAACCGGUGAGCUUUGCCAAUUGCAAAACUGAUCUCGUCAAUACCAAGGGCAAAUUUCCCGAUUGUUGCUGGCAGUGUGUAGAGGGUGUGGCCUGUUAAGGCAAGGCAAUGGGCCCUAGCCAAUCCAAUAAAUAACAUAUCACAGCUGCAGUCCAGUUAUCUGAGUGACCCAUUCAUUCAGGCCACCUCAUGGCUAGUGCAUGGAUGAGGCUGAGUCUUAGCCCCAGGCCAGCUUGGCAGCCGGGUUUAUUCAUAAGAUUCAUAGUUUGUAAUGACUAUAAUUAAAAUUCUUGUAAUUAAAAUGAUAAUAUAAUUGCAAAUCUACUAAAUAA